AUGAGGUGGUUUGCUAAUCAGAAAAGGGUGGAAAGGUUCUUUACUGUGGGGGACUGGGUGUACCUCAGAUUGCAGCCCUACAAGCAGACUUCAGUGCACAACAAAAAGCUUGGUAAGCUUGCUCCAAGGAGAAGCAGCAUUACUGGCGAGAAAAUAAAUGGUAAUUGGUUUGAUGCGCAUGCAACAUUCUAUGGUGACAUGCGUGGUGGAGCAACCAUGGGGGGAGCUUGUGGGUAUGGUAAUCUUUUUGAACAAGGUUAUGGCCUCGCGACAACAGCCCUAAGCACUGCACUCUUCAACAAUGGAGGCACUUGUGGUGCUUGUUUCGAGAUCAUAUGUGUCAAUGAUCCACAUUGGUGCAUACGAAAUACUGCCAUAAUCGUCACCGCCACCAAUUUAUGCCCUCCUAGCAAUCACCCUAGUGCAAACUGGUGCAACCCCCCACUUCGACACUUUGACUUGUCCAUGCCCAUGUUCACAAGACUUGCAUAUUAUAGAGCUGGGAUCAUCCCUAUUAAGUAUCGCCGAGUCCCAUGCAAAAAGCAUGGGGGGGUUAGGUUUCAGAUAAUGGGAAAUCCAUAUUUUUUGCUUGUAUUGUUGUACAAUGUUGGAGGUGCUGGUGAUGUUUCUAAUGUCAAAAUUAAGGGCUCUCGUACUUCGUGGAUUCAAAUGUCGCGUAACUGGGGCCAAAAUUGGCAGAUUGGCACACCAUUGGUAGGGCAAAGCUUGUCAUUCCUAGUGACUACUAGUGAUAGAAAAACGUUGAAGUUUGUGGAUGUUGUACCUCAUAAUUGGCAAUUUGGUCAAAAUCAUCAGGCCAAUAUUAAUUUUUAG